AUGACGAACUUCCGCUGCCACUUCGAUUUUGCAGCGAAAGAAAACCAAGAGAUCGGCGGUCUUGGACUGCCUCUUCAGGGAGAGGCGAGCCGCAGAGGGCGUGGUCGCUGCUAUAUAAGUCCCUGCUGGAUCCUCCCAGGCACCAGCGUCCUUCCCGCCGUCUCAGAAGAUCCAGGACCCCACUCGCCCUCCAGCAUGAUGAAGCUUGUCGUCCUCGCCCUCGCUCUGGCAGCAGCCUCCGCUGGCGUCAUCCAACACCCAGGCCUUGGCCUUACCUACGCAGCCGCCCCUCUGGUGCACGGCGCCGUCCCUCUCGUCCAGCCCGCCCCUCUCACCUACACCGUCGGCGCCGCCCCCCCCGUCAACCCCGCGCCCUACCGCGUCCACACCGGCGUCAAGACCGUGGUCGCCGCCGAGCCCGUGGAGCAGCACGGCUACGUCAUCAAGUACUAGGGCGUCGCGACGCCGCCGACGUCCUGGGCAAAGGGGACGAGGCAGCGCCGUGCCACCGACAGCUAUGCGAAGCAGCGCCCUCGACUAGUGCCCUCCCGCGCGUGAGGCGAGGGAGGGCAGAGUCCU